AUUAAAUUAAUGUAAGGCCAUACUUUAGCUAUAAAGACAUUUACAGAUUGGAAUAGUUAAGUUCUUUCUAAUCCAAAACCUGUCAUUGUUGAUUUCUAUGCGGAUUGGUAUUUAUUUAAAGAUACAAUAUAUAUCAGGUGUGGUCCAUGCAAAAUGUUAAAACCUAAGCUCCACUCUCUCCAUGAACAAAGUUAAGGAAAAUGGGAAUUAGCAGUAGUCAAUGUCGAUAUUGAAGAGUUAUAAUAGAUUUCAAGCAAAUAUGCUGUAAGAAACUGUAACCAUUUAUUAGAACAAAGGAAUUCCAGCAGUUUAUUUAUUUCAUAAGGGAUAAGAAAUAAGCAAUUUUUUGGGUAACAAUGAAGCAAAGGCAAAAGAAAUGGCUACUAAAGCAACAACUUUAUGAGUUAAAAUAUAUAUUUUAUAGAUAAAAAU